AUGGCGGCAAAUUUUUCUGCUAAUCAAUUUGAAAAAGAAUUUCAAGCGAAAAGCUUGUGUAAUUGGGAAGUUCCACAUUGGUAUCCAAAGCAUCCCCGACAGCGAGAAGCAUCAACCAGAUUUAUAGCAAAUGAUCGUGGGCAUCUGCUUCCUAAUGUUGAACGACCAAAGUCAAGUCCGUGGGGAAGGUUUAAGACUACUUGGCAACUUCCAAGAGUUAUUACGAAACAAAUUGCUGAAGAAAUUCAUGCUCCAGCUGUCGGAUCGUCACGUUGGGCUAUGCCGGAUCCAAAUCGAGCGAUUAUACGAAAAAUGAAAGAAGUUGAAGCGACAAUAAAGAAAGAGAAAUGCGUGAAACUUGAGGUAAACGAAGAAAAACUUCCAGAUAAAAUGAAGGAAAUUCGAGAAGUACCAAAAGAAGUGAAAACAGAAACAACGUCAAAGAAAAGUUUCAAUGAAAAGGAAAAACUUAACAACCCAUUAGCGAUUGCCAAACAAGGACGUCGUUCAAUCCGACAUGAAACUUUAGAACGUGACAACGACGAACAUUAA